AUGAGAGAACUUCUCGGCGUUGUCGCAAGUGGAAUCGCAGUCGCUCAACUGUCAUUCGUAGAGAAGAAACAUUUAGCGGAAUUGAAUACUGACCCAGUAAUUGCUGAUGAAAAUGUUGAUAUGGAUGUCGACUUAACGAUUCUCCCAAAAGCAUGGAUGAGACUCAAGGGUAUGCACAUUAAACAGAGUCGACGAUUCGGAUGUUGGACAUGUUCUUUUCGACCCGUACGUGUGGUUCAUGACGACUCUCCAAUUUUCCGUGCUUGCAAGAAUGGAGAUAUUGGCAAAAUACUUCAGCUGUUUGCAGCUCUCCACUUGCGUGCAGAACUAUGUAGAUGGCUACUCGCUCAAGGAGUGCAAGCUACCGAGACUGGAAUAGAUGAAGAAGAGACAGCUUUACAUAUCGCAAGUUACCAUGUAGAUAAAGACGAUAGAGAAGUUGGUAACUCUUCUUCAAUGAGAUUUCAAUGUGUUGAGAACAAGGGGCGCCACAAUGAUGCCAUGGAAACUAUUAGAGUUCUAAUAGAAGUUGGACAAUACGAUCCAAUGCGAGAGUCGAAGGUCGGCGAAACAUCCUUACAUUGGUACACUGGUGGGGCCGAACCUUUCGACUACAUGCUCAAUCAAGAAAGCUUCCCAAUUGGUCUUGAUCCGCAAGAUGGCAUUGUGUCUAUAUUGGAGUGCCAUAUAGAAGCAGGAACACACUGCUUCGCAGAUACAAUCAUCAAAUUCAUGAUGGAGAAGAGCAUAAAAUUCUCAGAGGCUCGCCUUUUAAGAAAUGGAUUUCCUAGCUGCCCGCUCAUCUUGCACACUUUCAAUACUACAGAUAUCAUUUGCAACUUCGAGUUGUAUGACUGUCGCGAUCAGGAAAGCAGUUUCAAGUUGUCAAACUCCCUACAAAAACCAAAAAUGCCUGGAGCCUGGGAGAGUGAUGCCGGCCUAAUAGAUUAUCCUGAAUUUACGGCUAGUGAAAUAUGGAGACCCAGUCGUUCUCCAGAUUUUGAGAUAUCACAACUAUUUUUGUUUGUGGGUCACAAAAUGCCAAUUUUGAGUUUAAGGUCCUUUGUAAUUGGCCCUUUGAUAGACGGCGAACAAAAAUUUGACCAUAUAAGCUCUAUACGGCGUCGAGGAUUAGCUUGUAAAUGUUUCUGCUUCCUGCACUGUCCGCCUGAGCCUCAGUUCGGUAGGUACGAUGUCGAGAUCGGUGAGUUAGACUUAUGUUCGUGUUUGGAGAAAGUCAGAAAUGAUGGAAGUGAUGGUGAAAGUGGGUGCAAAUGCGAGGACGAGCAUACAAAUGAUGACGGUAGCGAGUUUGAGAGCGAGGUGGAGAGUAUUGAUGAAAGUAAUGAGUAUGAAGAUAGAAGCGACUGUGCAAGCCAGGUUGAGAGUGAAAAUGAGAGUAUCAAUGACAGCAACCAGCAUGAGAAAGACCAAAAGGCAGAUGGUGUUUGA